CCCAUCGCAGCCCCCACGCACGCAUGCUUGCUUCCCGUCACCGGCUGGCUGUGCACUGCUUUCUCACUUGCUCAUUUACUCCCUCCAUUCUGCCAUAGUGCCCCCCCAUCGUCCUCCUUCGCAUCCUUCGCAGUCACGCCCGUACGAAGAAGAGACUCCUUCAGCACCCUACACAUGAUCGCGAACCGUCGCUUUGCGCCAUGUCGAGAUCCUACCAAACGAGCUUCGAUUCGGGUCGCUCUCCAAUAAACGAUUCCCCAUCAUCCGCUUCAUCGGCGCUCUCUCCCGACGCUUUCAAGACAAACAUCAACCGAGCCAAGUCCAAGCGAUGGGUGGAAGCUGCGAAGGUCAACUAUGACGAUCUGUGGGGCGACGAGGAGGAGGACGGCUACGGCUACGGCUACGGCUACGACGACGAUGACCAACACGGCGCUCCUUUGCCAGCCGAACCCGCGCCUGCGCCGUACGCAGCACAAGGUGCCAGACCGUCUGCUACAGCAGCGUCGACUUCGAGCCGGUUUCCUCAGAGGCAGGCCUCGCUGCAGCAGCAUGGCCCCCGCUAUGCGCCGGCAGAACACGACUCGUUUCCGGAGGGCAUGAAACUACCACCACCCCCUUCGGAGAUCGAUGAGACGUUCGCGCCGCCGCCGCCCGGCGUGAAACUUCCGCCACCGCCGUCGCAGAUGGACAUGAUGCUCCCGCCGACACCGUCCGAGAUCGACGAACGCGAGAGUAUGAGGCCGGCCCAUUCGCCAAUCCAUGUCGACCACACUUCUGCACUUUCCCUGCCGCCACAGGGCAUGCAGUCGCCGUCACCACAACCAACGAGCUACCGGGACGUGCCGACUGUUCAUGCGCCGUCGUUCUCGAUUGACCCCGCGCAUCCACAGCAACCACAGGAAGGGCUACACAAACGGCUCUCGGUUCGCAAACCUGUGCCUACGAGACCCAGCCCAUCCACGUCACCUGUUCCUCAGACCUCGUCGCCGCAGCCACAGCCGCUGGCAGCGUACACUCCAAACGUACCGUCGUUGCCUGAUCUGCCCGGCGGACAACAUUUCACGGGGGAUCAACGACAGUACGAGCAACUGCCUAACCUUCCGAAUGUCUACAACCAAGUGCUUCCACAGUCACUACCGGAGGCAGCCAAUCUGGGCACCAUCUCGGAAUACGGUCGUGUAGGCUCCGGUCCUUCUUCCCAAGCGAGACCCGUCGCAGCUCCGACCAAGUCAUGGGCCAGGUCGCCCACCUAUGACGAUUAUGAGCAGGAUUACCAUGUGGGCCCGAGUUUCCCCAUGCCACAGAGCACCCCAGACUACGAACAGUACGGAUCUCCAUCUUCACUCUACUAUCAACCUAAAUCCACCGAGAGAGUACCGUCUCCAGCGUCCCUACCGCCCUUAAUUCCACCAAUUACCCAGCAGCCUUCGAGCUUUUCGGCUUCGCCCGUGCCUACUUCACCUACCUCGCCUGGAAAGCCAAAGAUUAUCAGACCAUCGGACAUCUACAGACGGCAUCAGGAAGAGCAGGAACGGCGGCCUAUUGUGGAUCCCAACAUCAGUAGUGUUGCCUCGCCUACGCCGGCAUCUCACGACGAACAGAGGCCUCCGACUAGAGGGGAGUCUGUACGUAGCCGUGUGCCUUCGGAUGCUGCCUUUGCGCCGCCUCACCCACACGCUUUGCAAGAGGAUGUUCUCCGCCGCCCAUCCUCUCGACAGCAGAAAGAGCAAGGUAGCAGUCCGACGUCGACAUCAUCGUCAUUAUCAUCAUCGCCAGCGAGGCCACGCUCCAGGUCAGGAGCUUCUCACCCUCCGAGUCCGUUCCAGCCGCCCGCGAUCCCAUUGCCAAGUGUUCCUCUGCAGUGGGUCUCAGGCAGCGGUGGAUCAUCGCCAUCGAGCCCACUCGCAAGAUCUGAAUCGAUCCAUUCCCCUAGCCCCCAUCCGCCCCCUGCGGUUCCCUUGCCCGGCGUGCCUACACCGACAACACCGAGUCUUCAGACAACGUCUUGGUCGAGGCCGCAGUCAAGGUCGCAGUCAAGGUCGCAGUCAAGGUCGCAGUCAAGGUCCGGGUCCGUAGCGAGGGGUGAGCAUGCGCCGAGUCCAUACCUGCCGCCUGCAAUCUCUUUGCCCAUUCCACCCUCGCAGGGAAACCUGGACACACCAGAGGUGGAGAAAGCAAUGGAUUCAUUGCCAGGGGCUUUCCCAUCAGGACAUUCCAUCGGAGCUGACCCCAAACUGCCAACGGACGGCAGCGACUACGAGGAUGAGCCGCGAGAGGAAGAAAAGGGCAAGGAUACGGCGUCCAAAGCUGCUCCGUCGGUGGAUCACAUCAAUACCGACCCCGCGCCUGUGAAGGUCAGCGGUGACCACUCAGACAAAAUGGAAGAGGAACGGGCCAAUGUUACGGCUUGGCACGAUUCUCCAGUGGAAUCUCCAAUGGCUUCUCCAGUGAUGGGUGACUUUAAUACUGUUUUCGAGACGCCAGCGGAGACCAACGACCACCAGGGCUAUUUCACUCCUCCCACUGGGCAGUCACGACUUUCCUCGACUACUGCCAUUCCUCUGGCGCAUGGAAGCGACGAUCCCAAUCGUGGUGGCUUUCAAACGCUUGAGAAUCACGAGUUCAUACGUCCGGAGUCCGGAGUCCUCACGCCUUACAGUGAAACCCCUCCUGCGGACAUGUCGCCAACCUUUCCCCAACCGCCAGUAUCACUGCAGGAUGACAGUGAUGAUGACUUGCCCCGUUCCACUACCACGCCUACUCCCGCUAUCCCUGUAGAGAGCGGUAUCCGAAGCUUUGCUGAAAAAGAUGUGGUCCCAGUGGAUAGACUUUCCAUUCACGUUCGAACCCCUUCCACCGACAGCUCGCAUGAGGGUGCUAAGAGGCUAUCCAUCGUGCCCCCUUCGUUCCAAACGGAAGCCGUUUCUGGUGAUCCGACCGAAGUUGCACCCGUAUCUAGAACUAGCUCAAUGGAAGAUACGCCACGCUCUGAGAAAUCAGAUGAACUGGACCACUUCCUCGGCGAACUGGAGAGAGCGCAGACCCCUGUCACACGGUCCCCAAGUCUCACGCCUACCCCAUCCGAGCAUGCCAUGACAUAUCCACAUGGGCAAGACCGGAACCGUUUGAGCGUCUCCUCGCGUUCUCCGAGUAUCAACCCGGUUUUGUCGAACGAGCUAGUGGAACGCCCGCGGUCUUCCGGGCAGAACCAGACCUUUUUGAGCGUCUCACGUUCCCCAAGCAUCAAGCCAACUUUGCUGGAUGAGCCAGAAGAACGUCCGCACUCCUCUGGGAUGGGCCAGGAAGAUCUGGACGCCUUGCAUCCCACGAUCAUCGCCCCAAACCUUCCGGUUCCGGGGGAAACGGAGAAACAUUCAGACUCUUCUGUCCAGAUCCAGGACUAUCUGGGUACCCCACCUUCCCCAAGUGAGACGGCGACACACGCGCAUUCUUCCACACCGGUCUACGACUAUCUGGGUGACUCGAUACCCACUGAUUCCGAUAAUGCAAGGGGGAGCAUGGGCGUCUUAUCGUCGUACGAGUCGUAUUGGCAAGAUGGAAACGAUGAUUCCGCUGGUGGGACCCCUUUGCCUGUUCCGCCUAAAUCGCCAUUGCGUGCUGUUGCGGCUGAAGGACACCUACCGAGAGUCCCCUCACCUCAGGCUGCUGUUACCCCUCGGCCUGAAUCCGAAGCUCCCAAGAGGUCGUCGCCACCACCGCCUGUGAUAAUUCCACCACCACACGACACCAGCUCGGCAAUGCCAGCAGAACCUCAGACUCCUGCGAGCAUCGUUGAUCAGGAUCUUCUCGAAUUGGUUUCCACCGGCAAACGGUUCUUGGAUAGACGGGACACUGUCAUUAUUCCUAGAGAGGCCACGCGCCAAGAUGAUGGCAAGACGCCUCAGAGGUCACCCGUUCUUCCGGAGUCCGAAGGCAUGGAGGCAAUCCCUCCCACGAAGCAUCUCGGCCCCGAAUCCGAAGGAAUCGAGGCUAUCGGAGGGCCCAUCGUCGAGAAGAGGCCAAAGACUGCCGAUGAGCUGAACUCGCCCGCCGAAAACGAUUACACGAAAGAGCUGCUCAGCCAGUUCAGCAGGCCGCAGACGUUGAUGCUGAAGCAGACGAUGCCAUCUGGAAUCGUAAUGAUGCCACCCAUGCCUCCGGCGCCCGGCGGGAAAUCCCCGGCUGAGGAAUCCGCUCCCGAGGUUGUCAAUUUCGACAAGGAUUAUGGCGAGGGCAUCGAAGUCCUGGACGACGCACAUCGAAACCGUCCUCCCAGCGACAGGACGGUCACGCCGAUGCAACCAACAGCGGUAAUCCGGGACACGAGAGUCAUCGCUGCGCUUGAGAGCCCAGAGGAACGUAUAAGAGCGUACGAUGCCCUGCGCGAACAUAUCCGCGAGUCUCCCAGCCCGCUUUCCGACUGGAUCACAUACCAGAUGGAGCACAAUAACGGCGAGCAGUUGCUCAAUUCCGAGAUCAUUUCGAUCAAGACGGGUCUGGUCCCGCGCAAGAGCAAGAGCCGGAUGGGAGGUCUGGGGCAUUUCCCCAGUCGCUCGGGGGAUGGCGGUUCGCGCCACGACGAAGGCACGGCUCAUCGUGCGGAAGAGAAGUUGGAGAAGAUGGGAAGAGGAGCUAUGAGGCUGGGAGAAAUGGCUGGUGGAAGGGUAGGAGGUUGGGUCAAGCGGGUUGGGAAGAAGGGAAAUUCCAACAAAGAGGGUACUUCGGAAAAUGCAGAUCAUCAGACCAGGGGUGGAGAUUCUAUAGAGUUGGAUAGGCCCGUCGGAAACCGUACUAGAAAUGCCAGUAUCAUAUCGCAUGCUUCGACAGCGGUACGGGAAAGAAAUGCCUCCAUCGGAUCGAUGUCGCAGCAUACCACACCACUCCCGGCCGCCUCGCCGCCUCCCAUGGGCCAUCCCCCGCCACUUCCGCACAUCCAGACUCAGUUCCAAGCGAGAGUUGGCACUACCGCUGCCACUGCUGCUCAGACGCCGCAGGCGGGAUCCUCGCCGCAUUCGCUGGAAGGCCCAAGGCAGUCCUCGCCGAGCGUCCAUCACCAACCGCUGGCCGGUGGGUUUGGGUCUAAAUCGGCAUCUCCGCAUUCCGCCAAGCCGCCGCCACCACCUGCUGCUGUUGCUGCUGCUCCUGCUGCUCCGUCAUAUUCACCGUUCCCGGCAAGAAAGGAUAGUCUAUCCUCGCAGAAUCAAAAUCAGAGUGGAUCGUCGUCCGCGAUCACAGCGAGAGGUGUUCCGUUGCCGUCUUCCGCAGAACAUAGUCCGUCGAUUCCCGAAACCCCGCAUCCUCCACCCCUUUCAGCCGUUACGGCAACCGUGCACGAACCAAUGGAAGAUGCCGGUGCCACCGGUCAUUCUGGCGGCAGCGGAGGUUCCGGAGACCAGGAAGCUGGGAGAGGUGGCGGCCAGUGCCGAUGAAGAUCUGUACUCGACACCGAAACAAUCAUCGCUGCGGACCGAAACGCCGGUG